GACUCGUGAUGAGGAACGUGAAGAGGUUCUUCGGAUGGCCUGUCGUUUCGUCGUCGCGGGGUUGCUUGACCUUUUGACAGGAGUAAAUUAUAAACCAUAGUCAAUAGUUAUAACGUUAACCAAGGUUAGGUUAUAUAAACCAUUUAUUAUUCCUCCCUCUCAUUUAACAAACUCCAAAACAAAAACCUAUUCUACGCUUUUCACAAUCUUUCUUCCUAAUCUCUGCUCGCAAGAUUCAGAUCGCAAAUGGAUGGUGAUGGAGGAGUUGUUGAUCAGAGACGUGAAGAUGAACAACGUGAGAGACGUGAAGAGCUUGGUAGGUUGACCGUCCGUUUCUUCGUCGCUGUCUCGCUCAAUCUAUCCGCCGGAGUCUGCAAACGAGUGACUGGUCUCGACGGUUCGGGAACGGAGAACGGAGACCACGUGGCGUUAUACUGGGCUAAGAAGUUUAACAGGAUGGCGGAGAUUUCGUGUAUGAUCGUGAUAAUACAGAUCGUUUUCGCGACGGUGGUGAUGGCACGACGGAUGCGAAGUCUUAGACGAGACUGCGAUGUCUAGCUCGUUGUGGGUUUCAUCUGCUUGUUGGUCUCGCUCUGUUUCUCCGCUUACCUUCGCUGGUUUGUGUGACUUCUUCCAUCUAUGUCGCCGGGGAUCUGAUCACAGUUUUUUUUUCUUCUUCUUUGGGUUUAUGUUUUGAACAUUACUGUUUCUUGAUUCCAUGUUAGUAUGAU